AUGCCAUUCAAUACUCCAACAGGAUCUGCUGUCGUCGAUAUUAUGAAUGAAAGGAUUUUAAUCAAUUAUAUAAAGAUUUGGUCUAAUAAUUCCAACCACGAAAUAUUGCUUCCAUAUUAUAAUAAUCCCAAAACUAAUAUCAAAUACUAUCAUAAAAAGUCACAAAGUCGCAGAAACUCAAAUUCUUUCAAAGUCUUUCAAUCUCGAGUAAAUCAGAUAAAGCAAAAUUCAAAUCUUACAAGUUCAUGUAAAAAUUCAAAAGCGACCAUCACUGCUGGUGCUGCUGCAGGUUGUGCUGAUACAGGUGGUUCUACUGCGGGUGGUGAAAGUGGCACAAAUGGUACAGGUGGUACAGGUGGUACAGGUGGUACAGGUGGUACAGGUGGUACAGGUGGUACAGGUGGUACAGGUGGCACAUCAACAAGUGGAUCAACCAGCAUAUCAACAGGUAUAAUAGCAGAUAAAUUCAGUAAAGAAUCUUUCAACAUUGGUCAUGAUACUCUAGUUGGUAUAUCAAAAGUUUCACCGAGUUCUCAUACUGAUAGAGGGGAUAGAUCCAUCAACAUUGGUUUUUCAAAGAAAUUGAUUAAAAGCAUGAAAUCGAUUAAAAGCAUGAAAUCGAAUGUUGGUAGUUCAAAUGCAGGUGCUAAUGGUUCACCAAUCAUCCUAUUGAAUACUUCAGAAGAAAUCAAUGGUGAUAGAAUCAAAGAGAUUGAACAUGAAUCUGAAAGUUAUAGAAUUGCAAAAGAGAAUUUAGCAAUGGAAAAAGAUUUAGAAACCAAACAGUUUAUAGAAAGUCAAAGAAAUAGCAUCAGAAAUCUCUCAACACAAAAGGUUCAUUUAGAAACAGUUAGAAAUGAAAAUACUCAAUUAAAACUGAAAAUUGAAAAUAUCGAAGAGGAGAUAAGACAAAGAAUGGAAGAAAAGUUGAAUCUUUUAAGAGAAAAAACAAAUCAUCAACUUUUAAAAUUUAGUACACUCAAAGAAUCACUCUUAAGAGAUCUCAAAAAUAGAUAUAAUAUAGCAACUAAUGAAAGAAGAAAGAGAAAAGAAAAAGAAAAAAAAAAGGAAAAAGAAAGAGAAAAACAUAGAGACAGAGAUAGGGAUAGGGACAGAAAUAGGGAUAGAGACAGAGAAAGGUCAAGAUCCAAAGAUAGAAAAAAAGAAAGAAAAAGAUCAAUUUCAAAAGAAAAAGAUAAAGAAAGAUAA